AUGCGGUUUUGUGUUGUCUACCGUCGCCUGAACGACGUUACGAAGAAGGACAGCUAUCCCUUGCCAAGAAUUGAGGACACGCUGGACAUGCUUACAGGCGUAAAGUGGUUUAGUACGCUGGACCUGAAAAGUGGCUACUGGCAGGUUGAAAUCGAUCCUAAGGACAAGGAGAAAACUGCAUUCUCCACAGGAAAGGGUCUGUGGCAAUUUACAGUCAUGUCGUUUGGAUUGUGCAAUGCUCCAGCAACGUUCGAAAGGUUGAUGGAGCUUGUACUUACCGGGCUAAUUGGAGAUGCCUGUCUGGUCUAUUUGGAUGACAUCAUCAUCGUAGGUCGUACGUUUGAGGAACACCUUCAAAACCUGGAACGCGUGCUCAUGAAGAUCCAGAGUGCCAACCUCAAGUUGAGUCCGAAGAAGUGCUCACUAUUCAAACGGCAAGUUAGUUUUUUGGGAUUAGAGAUGAAGUUAUUCAUUGUGGUGUCACUGUUCUGUGUCGUGGCAGUCACAUGGGGCAAGCCCGCUUCCACUUACACCGAUAAGUGGGAUAACAUUAACGUGGAUGAAAUUUUAGAAUCUCAACGUCUACUCAAGGGCUAUGUAGAUUGUCUCUUGGAUAGAGGCCGCUGUACACCAGACGGAAACACUUUAAAGGAAACAAUGCCUGAUGCUUUAGAAAACGAGUGUUCUAAAUGUACACAGAAACAAAAAGAAGGUACUGAGAAGGUUAUACGGUUUUUAGUUAACAAGCGUGCUGAUUUAUGGAAGGAAUUGUCCGCUAAAUAUGAUCCCGACAACAAAUACCAACAAAGAUACAAGGACCGACUCGAUUCCGUAAAAGAGAAACACUAA